AUGUGGCGCUGGCAUGGGAAGCGCUACCUCGGCGGCGCGCACGGCGUCGCCGGCAUCCUGCAGAUCAUCCUGCACGCGCCACCUGCCCUCCUCUACCCACACACCGCCGCGAUAUCGUCCACGCUCGCCUACCUGGUCUCCCUCCAAGACCGCACCGGCAACUGGCCCUCCAAAGCCCCUGCUCGCCACGACGACCAGGACAGGGAGAACGACCUCGUCCAGUGGUGCCACGGCGCCCCCGGAAUCCUCCCCCUCCUCGCGACCGCGCUCGCGCUCUCGGAACCCCAACCCCAACCCGACCCCCAACCCGCAUCGUCAUCGCACCUCCCCGCCCCCGCGCUCUCACUACCCCCCGCCCUGCGCCCCGCACUCCUCUCCGCCCUCGCACACGGCGCCGCCCUCGUGAGCGCGCGCGGCCUCCUGCGCAAGGGCCCGGGGCUCUGCCACGGCGCCGCGGGGAACGCGUGCGCGCUGUUCUGCGCGAGCGACGCGCUCGGGCGCGCGGGCGCCGGGCAUCGUGCCGCGGCGGCGUCGGCGAUGGCGGGCGGGGUGCGCCUCCUGCUGCGGUGCGUCGAGCUGCGAGGGACGCCGGCAUUUGGGCGGCCGGAUCGGCCGUGGAGCUUGUACGAGGGCGAGGCGGGGCUGUGUGCGGUGCUGGCGGAGGCGGUGGAGCGCGUGGGGAGUGUUUUGGACGGGGCGGGGGCGGGGGCAGUGAGGGAGUACGGGAGCGGGCUGGUGGGCUAUUGCGAUCUGGUGCGUGUGUGA